UGACGAAAGUAGUUCGGCCGCAUAAAGGCACUUGGCGUCGCCACAACCGACCUUUCCAGUCGCAUGCUGAAGUUUGGAGCGGAUCAUGUCUAACGAUUGUGCUGAUUACAACAGCGACCAUGUGGGGCCAGAUGGAAUGGAGCCAGAUGGUGUCAUCGAGAGCAACUGGAAUGAAAUUACAGACAACUUCGAUGAUAUGAACCUGAAGGAGACUCUCCUUCGAGGAAUAUACGCAUAUGGUUUUGAGAAGCCUUCGGCUAUCCAACAAAGGGCUAUCAUCCCUUGCAUUAAAGGCUUUGAUGUCAUUGCUCAAGCCCAGUCAGGCACUGGCAAGACGGCCACAUUUGCCAUCUCCAUCUUGCAGCAGCUGGACAUAAACCAGAAGGAGACUCAGGCUCUGGUGUUGGCCCCCACCAGGGAGCUGGCUCAGCAGAUUCAGAAGGUCAUUUUGGCUCUGGGCGACUACAUGGGAGCAACCUGUCAUGCCUGUAUUGGAGGAACUAAUCUUCGCAGCGAAAUCCAGAAGCUUCAAGCGGAGGCGCCACACAUAGUUGUGGGCACACCAGGUCGAGUGUAUGACAUGCUCAACAGGAGACAUCUGUCCCCAAAAUGGAUAAAGAUGUUUGUUCUGGACGAAGCAGAUGAGAUGUUGAGUCGCGGUUUCAAAGAUCAGAUCUAUGAGAUCUUCCAGAAACUGAGCACAAACAUUCAGGUUGUUCUGCUCUCGGCCACCAUGCCUACAGACGUGCUGGAGGUGACCAAGAAGUUUAUGCGAGACCCCAUUCGCAUCUUGGUGAAGAAGGAAGAGCUUACCCUGGAGGGUAUUAAGCAGUUCUACAUCAAUGUAGAGCGAGAGGAGUGGAAACUGGACACACUGUGUGACCUUUACGAGACUCUGACCAUCACCCAGGCUGUGAUCUUCCUCAACACCCGGAGAAAAGUGGAUUGGUUGACUGAGAAGAUGCACGCGAGGGACUUCACAGUCUCUGCUAUGCAUGGCGAUAUGGACCAGAAGGAGCGUGACGUCAUUAUGAGGGAGUUCAGGUCUGGUUCAAGCAGAGUCUUGAUCACUACAGAUCUUCUGGCUCGUGGGAUUGACGUGCAGCAAGUGUCCCUGGUCAUAAACUAUGACCUUCCUACAAACCGUGAGAACUACAUUCACAGAAUUGGCCGUGGCGGCCGCUUUGGCCGAAAAGGAGUUGCUAUUAACUUUGUCACUGAAGAGGACAAGAGGAUUCUGCGCGACAUUGAGACGUUUUACAAUACCACAGUGGAGGAGAUGCCCUUGAAUGUGGCUGACCUGAUUUGAGGCCUGAGGUUUGUUCGCAGUCCCCUUAAAAAAAAUACAAAAAAAGCGGCGGUGAUAGCGAUUGUACACUUGCAUCGUGCUUAUUUUUCAAGGGAGAGAGGAGAAAAAAUAAACUCAAAUCAAUGCUAUACCUUGGAUCAGAAUAUUUUGACGUUAAAAACGAGGUGACUCCGUUGGUGGUUCCUCUUGGACAGUUGUAGACGUCUAACCUCCACAGCUGGCUGGUUGGGGCUACAAAGCCAUGGGGUCUGUAAAAGUUGUCCUUUUCAGGUAUUUUUUUCCAUGUUGUAUAAUGCAUAUAUCUGAUGUUCUGCACCAUCUAGUAACCUACUUGUGGACUAAAAAUUAUAAGUGCUGUAUAAAGUCAGCAAACUCUGUUAUGCUAAUGUGCAAUGUGUUGUGGGUCUGCUUUGAUAGAAAAUAGUCAUGGUGUGUGUAUAUAUAGAUUAUCUGCCUUUUUGUGAGUUAUAUUUAAAUGUAUUGUUUUUAUCUCACUGUUUGGCUAUAGUUUGCUGAUUUUGAGGUUUUGUCAUUUGUACUUGCGCAUGUAUCACUAGUUGUAACCCGCAUUUUCCCCCCCCCCAAAGUUCAAAUCAUAUGAAUGUCUUAAUAAACAGAAGUUGCUGUGAAAGUCA